AUGACCACUAUUUCCAUCUCGUUAUUCUUACUCCCAAUCGUCGUUUUCUCUUCAUCUAAUCCAUUACAAAACUCCACUGAUGUUAUCGAGAAACCGAGACAAAGAUUGUAUAAUCCUUUAGUUUGUUACGUGGAAACUGAAGGUCAAUUAUAUGGUGAAGAAUAUCAUGAGAGUCAACGUCACGAACCAUGUGGUCCAGAUGUCAAGUAUUGCCAAAAAAUCACCGGUCAUUUCAUUGCUGCUGGUGGAGAAGUAACAAAAAUCACUAUGAAAGGAUGUGACACUGUGUCUCUGAUGCCACAUUUUGCUGGACUGGAAUGCAGGGGAAACGGUUGUGCGGAACGAUCCGAAGGAGACGAGAUCUACAAUGUCUGCUGCUGCAAUACUGAAACUUGUAACUCAACCUUCCAACUUUCACUUUUCAUACCUUCUCUAGUUUUCCUUAUCACCACUUUCGUUUUUUUCUAA